AUGGGUAGCCUUUGGCAUUGUCCAUUGUGUAGGUACAAUGAUAUGAUUAUCCAUGGUGUAGAUACUGAGACAUCUUUGUUUUACACUGUUCACUGUCCAUUUCCGUCGAAUGGCUAUUGGAAAUCGCUUUUUCUCGCGACAUUCAAUAUGUCAUCCUGCCGAUGGAGGUCAAUAGAGCAACGGGGAAAGAUUUUAAAUGUAGAUUGCACAGAAUUUCUCAAAUCAAGAAUUCAUUUUUGGCCACGAUUUGAUGAGGCGCAAAGAGAAGUUGGUUCGUACAAUUCAAUCAAAGUCGUCUGGAUUGAUGAUUUGUGA